CAUCUUGUUUCUUUUUGUCUCCAUCUCCCCCUCACAGGCAUUAAGUAAGCUAAAUGGGAUUGUCACAAAUCAGAAAGAGUUGGAACUGUGGAGGAAAGGUUUGUGCUGCUAUGUUACCCUAUGAAGAAGCAUCCGUGCUCUGUGGUGGAAAUUUUCCUGAUUAUAUUCCUAAGUUUCCUAGGACCUGGAGGGGCCUAUUCCCCCACUUGAAGCCCAUACAAAUUCAUGCCCUCAAUUUUUGCCUCCAGAAACGAAACCAAAGCGAAAACCUUCUAUUCACAGACUCUAGCAAAAGUCUAAAACCCUAAGUGGGAGUCGCAGGUUCUAAAACGGCGACAGAUAAUCACUUGUUUUCCGCCGGAGAAUCAGAGAAAUGAAGGGGAGAUUAUCCACAUUGUUCCGCCGCAGAUAUGUGUCUGAGCGACACGAACACGGCCGUGCACGUUACCUUUCGGCGAAAACAGAUCCAGAAGGGUCCAAGGAACUUCCAAGUGGCGCAACAGAGAAAGCUUUAGUUGUUGGUCCAAUUUUACCUCCAAGAAGCUUGAACAACACUGGUCACAGCACCGCCAUUCUUCCUGAAUCUGGAUCCUCAUUUGAAAGAAAUCUGUCAACUGCUGCAUUGAUGGAAAGAAUACCCACUAGAUGGCUCUAUCCAGAGUGGCAUGUACCAUGCAAGAGUUACAGGGUGGUGAUCCAGGGACACUUUGUUUGGGUUAGAUCUGUUGCAUUUGACCCAAGUAAUGAAUGGUUUUGCACUGGUUCAGCUGAUCGUACCAUCAAGGUUAUCAACGGACACUUGGGUUUGGUUAGAUCUGUUGCAUUUGACCCAAGUAAUGCAUGGUUUUGCACCGGUUCAGCUGAUCGUACCAUUAAGAUAUGGGAUGUAGCGUCUGGAGUUCUGAACACAUUGGGAAAGUACGAGGCCUUUGCUGUAAGCAACAGGCAUACCUAUAUGUUCUCUUCUGGCGAUGACAAGCAAGUCAAAUGCUGGGACCUUGAGCAGAAUAAGGUUAUCCGAUCUUAUCAUGGUCAUUUGCAUGGUGUCUACUGUUUAGCUCUUCAUCAAACUGUAGACGUUUUACUAACCAGAGGGCGAGACUCUGUCUGCAGGGUAUGGGAUAUCCGUACGAAGAUGAAAAUUUUUGCGCUCUUGGGACAUGACAAGGAUGUCUGCUCCGUUGUCUCCCGUGCAACAGACCCACAAGUUAUUACCGGAUCUCAUGAUUCAACCAUUAGAUUUUGGGACCUCCGAUAUGGUAGAACAAUGACAACACUAACACAUCUUAAGAAAGCUGUCCGAGAAAUGGCUCUCCAUCUGAAAGAGAAUGCUUUCGUUUCUGCAUUGGCUGACAAUACCAAGAAAUUUAGACUUUCUAAGGGAGAGUUUUGCCACAACAUGCUUUCGCAGCAAAGAGCCACAAUUAACGCAGUGGCUGUGAACGAGGAUGGUGUAAUGGUCACUGGAGAUUCACUUACUCAAUCUCUGCUACUUCUUGAGGAGAUCAAAAGUUUUGGGAAGGUUAGAGAAGCUGUUAGGAACCAAGGAACAGGCAGCCUGUUAGGAAUGGUGAAAGCUGGUAUGACCGAUGAAGCUGUUUGGUUGUAUGAAAACAUGGAAGAACGCUGCAGAAAAUUAAAAGAAAAUUCUCUCAGCUUUGAUGUUAAGAUUAUUGAUUCGGUGGUGAAGGUCUUCUCAGCCACUACAAGGCAUGACUCAUAUCGGCCUUGGCAGAAUCUUGAGGUUCAAGAAUGCGGCGGCUCUGGUUUUGCCAUAUCUGGAAAAAGGAUUCUAACCUGCGCACAUGUCGUUACAAUCUUGAACCCAUGCACAUUUAUCGACGUCCAGAGGAACAAUUCAACUACUCUAUACAAGGCCAGAGUUACAAAGAUUGCACAUGAAUGUGAUUUAGCCAUUUUGGAGGUUGAUAAUAACGAAUUCUGGGAAGGUCUGUCUGCAUUGUCCUUUGCAGACAUACCACUUGUAGGAGAAGCUUUAACUGUUGUUGGUUUUCCCGAAGGUCAUGAGUCUAAUGUCUGUGAAAGUGGGCUUGUAACUGGGAUAAAGUUCCGGCAGUACACUCAUAGUCAGACUGAGCAUUUGGCCAUUACUGUAGACGCAAACAUCAUUAGUGGGCACAGUGGAGGUCCAGCCAUUACGCAAGGAAAAGUUAUCGGUGUUGCUUUCCAGAGUAUUGAUUUUAAAGUGUUUAAGGCGCAUAUUGGCUCUGUAAUUCCAACAUACGUUGUGAUGCAGUUUCUUUCUUCUUCUGAAGAAAGUCAGCAACUCUCUUCUUUCAGCUCAUUGGGCUUGACAUACACUCUUAGCAACUUCUCCAAAGGAGUACUAAUCAAUAGAAUUAGCUCCCUCUCUGGUGCUCAUAAGAUUAUGUGCCCUCUCGACAUGAUGCUUGCAAUUGACAACGUUGCUAUAAGAAACGAUGGGACAGUUCCUUUUCGAGGAGAAGAGCGUAUUGAUUUCCGAUACUUGGUUUCUUUGAAGAAACCAGGUGACUCUUUGUUGAUUAAAUUUCUAAGAAGCGGAGAUGUGCAUGAGUGCGAUGUCACGUUAAAGCCGGUGACACCACAUCUCGAGGUGCAAAAAUAUUACAACCGUCCAAAAUAUUUCAUUUUUGGCGGUUUAGUUUUUGUGCCUUUCAGCAAGGCUUACAUGGACGAUAUUGGUUAUCGACUCCCUGCGGAUGAUCCCUUAUUUACAACUGAAAUCGAGGCAAAGGAGUUAGAUGUUGGAGAGCUGGUCAUGCUUUCUAGGGUAUUGAGACAUGACACCAACCGUUAUUACGAACAUUUGGAACGGCGUCAGGUGUACAAGGUGAAUGGAGUGAAAGUGAACAGCUUGAAGCAUCUUGUUGAGCUCAUAGAGCAAUGUUCCAUGGAGUAUCUAACUUUGGAUUUACAAGGUGGAGAAGUUGCUGAACUCCACUAUGCUUCUGCCCAAGAAGCAACCUCUGAGAUCGUGGAACUCUACAGGGUUUUCUACUCCAAAUCUGACUAGUUUUGUUAACUUUGACUAUUUUGUUAACUUCUUUGAUUAGUUUUGUCAACUUUGACUAUUUUGUUAACUUCUUCUGAUUAGGCAUUGACUAUUCCGUCAACUUCUUCUAAUUAGGCAUUGACUAUUUUGUCAACUACGUUAGUCAAUUCUUAAUUUAUCAUACUGAAUUUACUUU